AUGGCAGAGCCGACCGAUGGUCAACUCAACGCCGCUAUAAAGGAAAUCCUUAAAGAUGCUGACUUAUCCAUUGUCACUGCCAAAACCGUUCGUAAAACUCUAGAAGAUCGCUUUAACAUUGACUUGUAUGACCGAAAGUCUAGCAUCGACAAGAUGAUAAUGAAGGUUUUGGAAUCUCGGGAAGACAAAUCCACUGAUUCUACUAGUGGGUCUGAAUCUGGUGACGAGAGUGGGAGCUGUCUUGAUGGAUCGGGUUCUCUUAAGCGCCGAAAAACUUUAGAUGAUAAAUAUGCUCGCACUAUUCAUGCUGAAGAAAAUGGGAUGAGGCGUCGCAAAGCUGCUCCAAAACCGAAACAGGAACGUACAUCCAAGAGUGGUGGUAGGAGUGGCGGUGGUUUCACAAAGCCUGUCAUGCUUUCUGACGAGCUGGCCGCUCACCUCGGCGAAACUGCUCUCUCUAGGGCCGAGCUUGUAAAGCGAUUUUGGCAGGAAGCAAGGGAAAAACAACUUUUUGACCCUGAAAACAAGCAAUUCGUCAUUUGCGAUGAGAGCUGGAAGAAACUGUUCGGAAAGAGUCGGUUUAAGAUGUUUGGCAUAUCGAAACUGUUGAAUCAGCAUAUUGUUAAAUAA